UUUUUUUUUUGUUGAGGAAACGUCAAACAAAGACAUUACUUUUCGUCCAGCAACCACCCUCUCCAAAUUCCAAUCCCAGCUAUCUCUCGUCUUCUUCCUUCCUCAAGCGGACUUCCAACUCCAAUUCAGUAGGAAGACGCGAUGCCGAACUGGGAACUGCAGAACUGCUGUCAGAAGGACCAGGUCACCUUCUUGGUCACCAUCGGCGUCUUUUCCCUUGUUAUCCUCGCGCUAUGGCGGACAGUACUGCUAACGCCUUUCAAGCUCAUAACCGUGUUUAUGCACGAAGCUAGUCAUGCCAUUGCUUGCAUCCUCACUUGUGGGAAGGUGGAAGGGAUUCAGGUUCACGCCAAUGAAGGAGGCGUGACUCAAACACGUGGUGGCAUAUAUUGGCUGAUCUUACCUGCAGGAUAUCUUGGAUCUUCAUUUUGGGGGAUGCUUUUGAUACUUGCAUCCACCAAUCUUCUUACUGCAAGAAUUGCUGCUGGUUGUUUGGGUCUUGCGCUACUCAUAGUGCUGUUUAUUGCCAAGAAUUGGACACUUCGAGGACUUUGCAUUGGUGAGGGCUCUAUCAGAUUCAUUGCGUUUCUUGCUAUCAUUUGGGUAUUACAAGAAUACACCAAAGUACGGAUCCUUCGAUAUGUUAUUCUCUUCAUUGGUGUCAUGAACAGUUUGUUUUCAGUUUAUGACAUAUAUGACGACCUAAUAUCUAGAAGAGUCAACUCUAGCGAUGCUGAGAAGUUUGCAGAACUCUGUCCUUGUCCAUGCACAGGUGUUGGAUGGGGAAUGAUCUGGGGAAUGAUAUCAUUCUUGUUUCUCUGUGCAUCUAUAUACCUAGGGCUCGUCAUCUUAUCUUAAGGUUCAAAUCGAGGAUAACUGGCUUACUUCGGCAUUUGUUCACUGUGGAGAGCAUUCUGUAGAGUUGUAUUGUGUCCAUGCCCAGGGGCCAGGGCUUCAUUCUUUCGACCCUUUGUGUUUCUGGAGGGUCGACAUUUGAAUACUCUGAUAUUAUUGGUGUGUAUAGGGUGGUGUCCAAUGUGCUGAACUUUUUCCUGGUUGACCUCAACAGAUUCUAGGCUACUCACUUCACGGUCAGCACAGGAAUCAUACUCAUUCUUAGCCUUGUCUAAUGGACUUGAGCACUUCUUCAUCUUCUUGGUCACUGACCCUUUUUCGCUUCAAAUGGUCUUUGCUUACGUUGUGAACAUGAUUAGCUAGGCAAACCAUCUUACUUAUUUUCAUUCAGACAGA